AUGUGUCUUUAUGUUGACAAUUUGAUCUUUACUGGCAAUAAUUUGAAGAUAAUUACAGAAUUUAGGGAGGCUAUGAUAAAGUACUUUGAAAUGACAAAUAUGGGCUUGAUGUCUCACUUUCUUGGCAUUGAAGUAGUUCAAAAAGAUGAUGAAAUUUUUAUUUCUCAGAAGAAAUAUGCAAAUGAUAUUUUGAAGAAAUUUCAGAUGAAGCACUCAAAACCAGUUUCUACUCCGGUCGAAGAGAAGUUCAAAUUGUUGAGAGAAGAUAAAAGAAAAAUAGUAAAUCCCACAUACUACAAAAGCUUGAUUGGAAGUCUAAGGUACUUGACUGCGACUAGACCAGAUAUUGUGUUUGGAGUUGGUUUGCUUAGCAGAUUUAUGGAGGAGUCUUGUACCAACCAUUUGCAAGCGGCAAAAAGAAUUCUUCGAUAUAUCAAAGAUACUUUAAAUGAUGGAAUUUAUUAUGAGAAUACUAAUGAAAUAAACCUUGUUGGCUACACUGAUAGUGAUUGGGUCGGAGAUAUAAAAACAAGAAAAAGUACUUCAGAGUUUAUAUUUCGUCUUGGUUCUGGUGCAAUUUUAUGA